AUGCAGGUCACACCCGAAAAUUAUGUUCGGGCAAUCAUCUCCCUCUCGAGGCGUUAUUCGAGCACCUCUGCCUUCCCAGGCAAUAAUUAUGUCGACCUCGGGGAGUGGUUGCUUCAAGUGCUUCAAGACCGCAGCCUUCUCUGCCCAGGAGAACAAAGCGAAGAUGCCACCCUUUCCGCCUCUGCGUCCGAACAGACUCACGUCCUGGUCGUAAUGUACAACAGUAGCGAGAGAAACUGGGGUAUGCAACAGUAUUGCCACGAGCAACACGCAAAGUUCUACGCCGCCCCCUCUGCUCCGGUGCGAGGCUCGGGACAGCUGGUUUUCAUCCGGGGUUUUAUAUCACCAUCAUGGGUUUCGGUUAUCGGGAGCAAAUACAACAUUGAUCCGGAAUUCUUCAAGCGACACAUGGAUUUUCUUUCAGCGAGCAUCGACAGACAUGCUUACAGCUUUCCAUCAUUAACCAGCUCCUCAGACAAGAUUUUUCGACUUUGCGUCAGCACUCUUUUCCAUCGCGAUGAUUUUGGAGGACAGGAUCUCCAGUCGCAGCGGGCGCAUCAAGCCAAAGAGCUGGUAGCAUACAGAGUACAGCAACUUGGGUCCAACAAGGUCGGUUGCGGAGACUCCCUGGUGCGAGAAUACUCCACUAUAUGCUCUCGCUUCUCUGUGAUCGAACAGUGGAUAUCACUUUGUAUCACAAAGACGGACGCAGGAUGGGCUGUUAUUGUCUGGAUGGACCAAGGCAAACCCUUAGAGGAUUCACCACCGGGACCAUGGACGCUUCAUCUCGAAUCCAAGGCUACACCACUUCCUGUCCUCCAAUAUCAUCACAAGAUGGCAUUUCGAAAUACCAAAAAUCGCCUGGAUCCAGGUGCAAACACUUCUGCCGAAGUGCCUCAAAGCACGACCGUCCUUCCUUUACAGUACGAGUCAGUUCUUGCGCUUGUCGAUCUUGCCCGUCACGCGCCUCAAGAUCCGCUUUCCAUGUGCAUCCCGUUAUUUGCGCAUGCUGCUUUCUCCGAGGUUCAGUUUCUGAACCUAAUGGAAUCCAGAGUCCAAAUGCAGAUGAACUCUAUGGAUGAAAGAGUCUCAACCGACGCGCUUAGCACUUUUCAGUAUUUCUCCAACAUUCUGAAUAGGCAUGCUCAGCAGCUAAAAGACAGCACUCGAGCACUCCGCAAGUUAGCUGAGCGAAGUAACCAAGGGUCUCAUGAAGUAAAGUCUGAGAGCUCAAUGCCAAAAAGCAAAACAGCGCGGAACCUCGGUAGGUCUCAGAGUCGGCAUAGCUCCGAUAACGAGACUGCCAAGAUUGUUGGGCCUAGCAACGUCGACGGCGCUUUUAGCCCGAAGGGCCUAUUGGAAGACUAUGAAGACCUCUAUGCCCGUUGUAUCGAUCUGUCUACAAUGUGUGAUCGGGGCAUAACUUUGGCAAUGGGCAAAGCCUCAGUUGAAGAAUCCAGCAAGGCCAUCGAGCAGUCACAGCGGCUUAAGAAGCUCACACUUCUUGCCACACUCUUCAUCCCUCUCAGUUUUAGCACCAGCGUUUUUGGUAUGAAUAUUGAUCUCCUUCAGCAGAGUACGGUAAGAUUUUGGUGGUUCUUUAUAUUGUGUGUUCCAAUCACUGCGUUUGCUUACAUCUUUUAUCUUUGGGAUUUUGACGCUCUUCGACGGUUCUUGGCAAGGCUCUGGAAGCAAUGUUUCAGUUUCAGACGAAGCAUGAUGGCUGGAACAGGUGAGAAAGAUCCUGUUUAUAUUGUAUGA